GACUUCCUCGUACUUUUUGGCGUAUCCAUUUUGAGCCGCAGAGUUCCAAAGGGAAGAAGAAGGACCAUGUCCCGACGAUACGACGGUCGCACAACGACCUUUUCCCCCGAAGGCCGCCUUUUCCAAGUCGAGUAUGCCAUGGAAGCCAUCAACAACGCCGGCUCUGCUGUCGGAAUCCUUGCAAAGGACGGUAUCGUGAUUGCAGCUGAAAAGAAGACCGUGUCCAAGCUUCUUGCCCCCGUCAAAAAUAGCGAAAAGACUAUGAAGCUGGACGAUCACAUCAUUUGCGCCGUCGCAGGUCUGACAUCGGACGCCAACAUCCUUGUCAACUACGCGCGAUUGUCGGCCCAACGAUACCAAUUAUCGUACCAGGAGCACCAACCGUGUGAGCAACUGGUGCAAACGAUUUGCAACUACAAGCAAGCCUAUACCCAAUUUGGUGGCCAACGUCCGUUUGGUGUGUCGUUCUUGUAUGCGGGGUGGGAUCGCCACUUUGGCUUUCAAUUGUAUCACAGUGACCCGAGCGGUAACUACGGUGGGUGGAAGGCGACGGCGAUCGGCGCCAACAACCGCGCGGCCAAGAACUUGCUGAAGUCGGACUACCAGGAAGGUAUGACAGUCGAGGAAGCGCUCAAGUUCUCGGUAAAGGUCAUGGCCAAAACCAUGGACACGACGACGCCCACCGCAGAAAAGCUCGAGUUUUCCACGUUGACCCGUAACGAACAGGGGAAGCUGGUCCACCGCUUGCUCACGGCCGCAGAGACCGAUGCCCUGCUCAAGGACGUCGGUGCCCAGACGGCUGACUCGGGCGACAUUUAAGCGCUAAACUUCCAGUUGGCUGCGAAAGACUUAAUCGCGCGUAAAAUGAAUGCCCGUUACCCA